AUGGAUGAGACGUAUGAUGCGGUGAUUCUCGGAACCGGUGUGUCGGAGUGUGUGCUUUCGGCGCUGUUGUCGGUGGAGGGCAAGAAGGUGCUGCACAUUGACAGGAACGACUACUAUGGCGCCGAGUGCGCCUCGCUCACCCUGUCGCAGCUGUACAGCAAGUUCCGCCCGGGCCAGGAGGUCCCCAGUGAUAUUGGCCGUGAUCGUGACUAUGCCAUUGACAUGAUUCCCAAGUUCAUGAUGGCGAACGGCGAAAUUGUCAAUAUGCUCGUGCACACAGACGUAACGCGCUACUUGGAGUUUAAGCAGAUCGCUGCGAGCUACGUGUACCGAGACAAGCGAAUCGCUAAGGUGCCAAGCACAGAGAUCGAGGCGGUGCGCUCGCCCCUCAUGGGUCUGUUUGAGAAGCGCCGGGCAAAGCGCUUCUUUGAGUUUCUGCAAAAGUGGCGCGACGAAGACCCAUCGACGCACCAGGGCAUUGACCUGGACUCGUGGCCGAUGGAAAAGGUGUUUGCGCAGUUCGGCCUGGAGCCUGGCACGCGGGACUUUAUCGGGCAUGCUAUGGCGCUGCACCUGGACGACUCGUACAUGCAGCGCCCGGCGCGCGAAACCUACGAGCGCAUCAUCCUGUACAUGAGCUCGAUGGCGCGUUACGGCAAGUCGCCGUACAUCUACCCGCUGUAUGGCCUGGGCGAGCUCCCCCAGGGAUUUGCGCGUCUCUCUGCCAUUUACGGUGGUACCUACAUGCUGGACAAGCCUGUGGACGAGGUUGUUGUGGAUGACCAGGGCCGCUUCGUGGGUGUGCGCAGCGGCGAAGAGACAGUGAAGGCCAACAUGGUGGUAGGCGACCCUAGCUACUUCCGCAACGUGAAUGGCAAGUCGCUCGUGCGCUCUACGGCCAAGGUGGUGCGCGCCAUCUGCCUUCUCAAACAUCCAAUCCCGAACACGGACAACUCGGACUCGGUGCAGCUGAUUAUUCCGCAGAACCAGGUCGGUCGGCAGCAUGACAUCUACAUCGCAGAGGUGUCUUCCACACACAACAUCUGUGCAAAGGGUAUCUACGUGGCGCAGGUCUCUACUGUCGUGGAGACCGACAAGCCGGAGCUGGAGCUGCGCCCAGGCCUCGACUUGCUGGGCGAAAUUCACGACAAAUUCGUCACGAUUUCUGACCUAGAAGAGCCUCUGGAGUCGGGCAAGGACAGUCAAAUUUUCAUUACGCGCUCCUACGACCCCACUUCCCACUUCGAAACGGUGGUCGAAGAUGUGCAUGACGUCUGGCGUCGCAUGACCGGUCAGCCACUCGUGCUCAAGAAGCGAUCCGCGGAGGAAGGCGCCCAGGUGCAGGCGUAA